AUGACCAAGUCUCAGGGUCCAGUGUCAUUUGAGGAUGUGGCUGUGAAUUUCACUCAAGAGGAGUGGCAGCAGCCUGCUCAGAGGACCCUGUAUAGGGAUGUGAUGCUGGAGAACUACAGCCACCUGGUCUCAAUGGGAUAUCCUGUUCCCAAACCAGAUGUCAUUGCCAAGUGGGAACAUGGAGAAGAGCCACGGAUCGUAAAGAGAGACAUAGUGCACUGGAUCUAUCCAGGUGAAAUUCUGGCAGAUGGGAGACAAGGGAAGAAGAGUGGACUUGACAUCCCUCAGCUGGGUAUUUUUGGAGAUGUUUCCUUUCAUAAAGAAAUUGAAAGUGUCACAAGGGAUCAUUCAUUGUACUCCAUUUCAGAAGUCUGGCAAGGUGAUGACCACCUGAAGAGAGAUGAGGAAAACCAAGACAAGUCUUUCAGGCAGGUCACAAUCAUCAGCAACAAAAGAUUUAUGGAGGAGUCAGGUCAUACUAAUGCCUUUGGAAAACUAUUCCAUAAGUGCACAGACCUAGGUACUUCAAGACAAAGACUGUAUAAAUACGACUCAUUUGAAGAGAGCUUGAAAUCUAAUAAAAUCCUACUCAAUUGUAAUAGGAGUUAUGCAAGAAAAAAUACUGAUGAGAAUUUUGGAUGUGAGAGAACAUCUAGCUACAGUUCUUUCCAUUCUAAGCAUGAGAAAAUUCUUAAUGGAGUGAGAUACUGUGAAGGUAAUCAGUGUGGAAACAUUCUCAGUGCUAAACAAUCUCUUAUUCAAUAUACAAAUAUUGAAACUGGGGAGAAGUACUGUGUAUGUAUUGAAUGUGGAAAAUUCUUUCUCAAGAUGUCACAGCUCAUUAUACAUCAAAGAAUUCAUACUGGAGAGGAAACAUAUGAUUGCAGUGCAUGUGCAAAAGCCUUCAGUGAGAAGUCACACCUCAUUGUAUAUCAGAGAAUUCAUACAGGGGAGUGACCUUGUGAAUGUUCUGAAUGUAGAAAAACCUUCUCUCAGAAAUCAUCCCUCAUUAUACAUCAGAGAUUUCAUUCUGGGGAAAAACCAUAUGAAUGUAAUGAAUGUGGGAAAGCCUUCUCCCAGAAAUCUCCCCUCAUCAUACAUCAGAGAAUUCAUACUGGGGAAAAACGAUAUGACUGUAGUCAGUGUAACAAAGCUUUCUCCCAGAAGUCACAGCUUAUUAUACAUCAUAGAGCACAUACUGGAGAGAAGCCAUAUGAGUGCACUGAAUGUGGGAAAGCAUUCUGUGAGAAGUCCUACCUCUUUAUACAUAAGAGAAUUCACACCAAAGAGAAACCCUACAAAUGUGCUCAAUGUGAGGAAGCCUUUAGCAGGAAGUCAGAACUUAUUAUACAUCAGACAGUUCGUACUGGGGAGAAACCCUAUGAAUGUACUGAAUGUGGCAAGAGCUUCUCCCAGAAGUCACAGCUCAUCAUGCAUCAGAGAACACAUACUGGAGAGAAACCCUAUAAAUGCAGUGAAUGUAGAAAAGCCUUUUGUCAGCAGUCCCAUCUCAUUGGACAUCAGAGAAUUUACACAGGAGAAAAGCCUUACGUGUGUACUGAAUGUGGGAAAGCCUUCUGUCAGAAGUCCCACCUCCCAGGACAUCAGCGAAUUCAUACAGGAGAGAAAACUUACAUAUGUACUGAAUGUGGAAAGGCAGUUUCCCAGAAAUCAGAACUUGUUGUACAUUGUAGAAUUCAUACUGGGGAGAAACCCUAUCAGUGUACUGUAUGUGGGAAGGCCUUCACCCAGAAGUCACAACUGACUGUACACCAGAGAAUUCAUACAGGUGAGAAAACCUGUUUAUGUAUUACAUGUGGAAAAGCCUUUGCUAAGAAGUCACAGCUCAUUGUACAUCAAAGAAUUCAUACUGGAAAGAAGCCAUAUGAUUGUGGUGCAUGUGGAAAAGCCUUUAGUGAGAAAUUUCACCUCAUUGUACAUCAGAGAACUCAUACUGGGGAGAAACCUUAUGAAUGUUCUGAAUGUGGAAAAGCCUUCUCUCAGAAAUCAUCCCUCAUUAUACAUCAGAGAGUUCAUACUGGGGAAAAACCAUAUGAAUGUAGUGAAUGUGGGAAAGCUUUCUCCCAGAAAUCACCCCUCAUUAUACAUCAGAGAAUUCACACUGGAGAGAAACCUUAUGAAUGUAGAGAGUGUGGGAAAGCUUUCUCCCAGAAGUCACAACUUAUUAUACAUCAUAGAGCACAUACAGGAGAGAAGCCAUAUGAGUGCACUGAAUGUGGGAAAGCCUUCUGUGAGAAGUCCCAUCUCAUUAUACAUAAGAGAAUUCACACUGGAGAGAAACCCUACAGAUGUGCUCAAUGUGAAGAAGCCUUUAGCAGGAAGACAGAACUCAUUACACACCAGUUAAUUCAUACUGGAGAGAAACCCUAUGAAUGUACUGAAUGUGGCAAGAGCUUCUCCCGGAAGUCACAGCUCAUUAUACAUCAGAGAACGCAUACUGGAGAGAAACCCUAUAAAUGCAGUGAAUGUGGAAAAGCCUUUUGUCAGAAGUCACAUCUCAUUGGACAUCAGAGAAUUCACACAGGAGAAAAGCCUUAUGUGUGUACUGAAUGUGGGAAAGCCUUCUCUCAGAAGUCCCACCUCCCAGGGCAUCAGCGAAUUCAUACAGGAGAAAAACCUUACAUAUGUGCUGAAUGUGGAAAGGCAUUUUCUCAGAAGUCAGACCUUGUUUUGCAUCGCAGAAUUCAUACUGGGGAAAGACCCUAUCAAUGUACUGUAUGUGGGAAAGCCUUCAUACAGAAGUCACAACUUACUGUACAUCAGAGAAUUCAUACAGUAUAAAAGCUAUAAGAAUGAACUGAACACAGAAAAGCCUUCAGUAUUAGCUCAAGCUUUAAUAAAUAUUAGAAAACUGAUGAAAUUCAUGAGUUUGGGGCAAAAACCUCAAUAGAUAAAAUUCUGCAACAGAAGUCAUGUUUCUAGUGUGGUGAUACUUAAGUUUUUCAGCAAAGAUGAUGGAAAAUAAUUAUAUAAAUGAAGGACAUUUUCAUCAUGGCAGGUAAAACUUUUUUAAAAUUAUGAACUGAAUUAUCAGCACCACAGCAGAACAAAUUAUAUAUACAGAGUAUUGUCAAGUUACAUAUUCCUGAUCAUACCAUAUAAUCAUAAUAUUUGACAUUACUAUUUGCCUAGCAUAAUUAUGGCCAUACAGUAAUUCCCUAUAAAGUACAUGAAGAAAUUUUGAAUAGAAAAGCACCAAUUCCUAGAAACUACACUCUAGGAAGGGGACUUUUGUAUGAACCCUAAAGUUACUUGUAAAAUUCUUCUGGUAGAAAGAUGGAAAGAUGAGUUGAUCAGAUUCAGUAAAAAACACAUUGCCGUCAAGUCAGUUUCAACUCAUAGUGACCUCCAGGACAGAGUAGAACUGCCCCAUAGGGCUUUCAAGGCUGUAAUCUUUAC